CCAACUACAACAAUUUAAGCAAAGCACCUCCACGGCCCUCGCUUGGCCGCAUAUAACCCCACCAUGUCUGGCUCAGACGUGGACGGAUCUGAUGGCGAAUACAUCUCCGACAACCUGUCUUCAGGCUCCUCCGACCAGGAAUCGCCGCCGCCGCCUCUGUCGCAGAACUACUUCGCGCCUCCAUUCUAUGGCCGACCGCCCACGCCUCUGCCCCCAUCACCAUCUCUAACGUCGCUCCUACGGCCCUCGCGCCCGACGACUCCAGAUGCCUCAGACGACGACAUCGCUCCCGUGCCGCGCACGGCGCCCAAGGUGCCGACGUACGAGUACUACGGCUUCGUGCUGUACCUGUUCAGCAGCCUGAUAUUCCUCAUGUACCUGCUUUGGAGCUACCUCCCGGCGCCGUUCCUGCACGCGCUGGGCAUCUUCUACUAUCCAGACCGCUGGUGGGCGCUGGCAGUGCCGGCGUUCCUGGUGAUGACGGUGGUCUACAUCUACGUGGCGCUGGCGGCGUACAAUCUGGAGAUCUUGACGGUGCCGAUGACGAGCGUGGAGACGAUUGUGGACGGGGCGGGGGCGCUGGCGAUGAUUGAUUCGAAGGGGAGGCUGAAGGGGAGCAACAAGAGGGAAAAGAAAUGCGAAAGCAAUGGGAGGCUGAGAUGGAGGGAGAUUUGGAACGAGGGAACUGAUGCGGUGCUGGAUGUUCCAUUGGCGGGAGUCUGUGAGGUGUUGUAUGGAGAGGGCAGGGAUGCGUCCGAUAGCGAUGAGGAGAUAUGACGGGAUCUGACAGAAGCUACUUCGAAGCGAACUGGGACUGAUUUGUAUGAUUAUCUAUUGCGGCGUUUUUGAAAGACAAGCGGCUGGAGGAUUGAUAUUGACACUUAGAUAUACCUAUAGUAGGUACGGCUGUAUACCAAUGAUGAAUUCGUUUGGCAUGAGCAAUAAAAUGAUGCCAUUGGCAC